AUGCGUGGCCCAGAUGACGACCAAGAUAAACAAGCUUUGCUUCAAGACCGUAAAAACGCAGCCGACUCGGAUGACAAUCGGUCAACGGAUGACUACAACACUGAAAUGAACACCAGGCCGUCAGCUACAACCAACGCGUCCAAUAGAAACGAGGAACAUGAUGAUGAUGAUGAUACUGCUGCCGCUGCUACAGCAACCACUGAGUACUAUGAUUCGUUUGAUGUGGAUGAUUCAGAGACAGCGUUGCUUCAUGGUAACCGACCCAGGGACUUGAACGAGGCUGAAAAUGCCGAGACGACUUACCGGCUACCAUCCGAAGGAGGAUCCGUAUUUGCCAGCUUUCUCAACAUGUCAAACAGCAUCAUUGGUGCAGGUAUCAUUGGUCUUCCAUUCUCAUUCAAAGAAGCUGGAUUUGGGAUGGGUCUGAUACUCUUGGUCAUUCUUACGAUCCUCGUGGAUUGGACCGUUCGUCUUUUGAUUUACAAUGGCAAGCUAUCUGGGCGACCCAAUUAUCAAGAUCUUCUCGAGUACGCCUUUGGCUGGCCAGGGCUAUUGGCUAUUUCUCUUGCACAAUUUGUAUUUGCAUUUGGUGCCAUGUGUGCAUAUUGUGUUAUCAUUGGCGAUACGAUCCCUCAUGUAUUUCGAUCACUCGUUCCCAAUAUUGACACACUGCCAUUUGUGUGGAUCUUUGCCAACCGUCGACUGUGUAUCACUUUUUUCACGGUAUUGGUAUCUUAUCCACUUUCGCUCUACCGAGACAUGUCAAAAUUGGCAAAGACGAGUGGUUUGGCACUGAUUACCAUUUUUGUUAUUAUCGUCAGUGUUUCACUGGAAGCGCCCAAGAUGCCAGCUGAACUUCGAGGUGACCCUUCUUUACGUUUUAGCUUUGCCAACAAUGAGAUCAUCCAAGCUGUCGCUGUCAUUAGCUUUGCCUUUGUUUGUCAUCACAAUAGUUUCAUGAUCUUUGGCUCAUUACGGCAGCCAAGUAUGAACCGGUUUGCCAAGGUGGCUCACUACAGCAUGGCGCUUUCCUUUGUAACGUGCACCGUAUUGGCGCUUUCAGGCUACAUGUCAUUUACGGACAAGACCGCUGGUAACAUCCUCAAUAAUUUCCCAGCAGACAAUACGUUGAUCAACGUGGCACGAUUGGCAUUCGGCAUGAACAUGUUCACCACGCUUCCACUAGAAGCCUUUGUGUGUCGUGAGGUAUUGGAGAUUUUAUUCUGGUCAUCAUCACCCCACAGCACCGUGCGACAUGUAGUCAUCACCACGUCCUUGGUGGGUGUAUCACUCUUGAUCUCCUUGUUGACCUGCAACCUCGGCAUUGUAUUGGAGCUGACGGGUGGUUUCUCGGCAACGAUGCUCGCCUAUAUUCUCCCACCAUUAUGCUAUCUCAAACUUGCCAAGGACUCCAUAUGGCAAAUCAACAAGAUUCCACAUUGGGCUACAUUGAUAUUUGGAUUGGUGAUUAUGAUAUUCAGCACAUCUUUCAGCAUACAAAAGGUCGUUCUCGGAACAUCAGAUCCGGGACCAACUUGUGAUCUCUGA